AUGCUCUCCACUAAAUUGGCAGGCCUUAUUUUCCUUAUUGCACUUUCAGCAGCUGCUCCCCAGAAGAAAACUGAUGUGACCAGAUCUCCUCCAUCUGAGAAAACUGUCGAAAAAGAACAGAUUGUCCCACAAAACUCAGAGAAGUUGGAAAAAACGGAAAAAUCAGAAAGGACAAGACAGGCAAGACAAUCUGGAUUUGGUGGACAAAGUCAGCAAUCUAGUGGAUUCGGAGGAAGCAGCUCAAAUGGAAUGGGAAGUUCUAAUAGUCAGGGAGGAUUUGGGAACCAAGAAAGUCAGUCUUCAUG